GAUGUUGCUUGUUCUUGUGUCGUUGCAAUUUUUAAGUUUUACUCAUGGCAGUAAGACGCAUAUGAAAUCUUAUUCACAAUGUGAAGCCAUGUCUAGAAAAGAGGAGCCAAGUUUGGCAAUUGUUUUCCAGUGUCUAACUGCACACUAUAAUUUAUCUGCAACUCUAUCAGAUAUUAUGGGAAAGAUGAGUCAAGUUCAACAAUAUUUGGAUCAAAAUUCCAAUGAUCAGGAAUAUACCCAAUCGCCUUUUAAAAAUCUCGAUGACAUUUUAGACAUACCGAGUGAUUUAGCCGGUAAAGACUGCCAAUACAAACGACAAAUAGUACAAGCCAUACGCAGAAAACUCGUUUGGUAUAAUGUUAUGGAAAAUAAGGAGUCCACGCUUUUUGAAUUAAAUGAUGACACUAUAAAGAUAGAGCCUUCUGAAGCUGCCCCGGAAAAUGCGGUUUCACAAAUCAAAGUGAGAACCGACUAUAAAAGAGUUUUGAGGGAGAUUCGUUGUCUGCUGGCGAAAUCCAUACGAAAUACAGAACCAACCGUUAAUGCCAUAAAAAAUAAUUAAUUUCAAUACACGGAA